UCAUAUAUUUCAUUGUAUCUGAGUACGGAUUAUGUUGCAGGGUAUAAGUGAACUGAAAUGCUUUGGUCGGUACUGUAUCAGAACGGAAAAUCGACUCUACUCAUUUUAUAUCAUGCUGUUCUCUCUGAAACGUUGAAAUCUACAAGUUAAAGUUACCUUUCCUGAAUCAAAUUUCUUUUUCAUGAAUUAGUAAGUAAACGCAGUCGGCUAAAAUCUUCCAUUCAACAAUUAAGUUGUUGUGAAAAAAAUGCUUGCUUACCGUGCCACGUCGCGACAGAUGUCUGGAAAACAAGCUGCAAAACAUGUUUAGCAAAAGAAUGUUCUCUUCCGAAACCGUAUUAUUGGACGCUACAUUGCUAGUGAAAGGACCAUUACGAAAGUCUUUGUACCAAUCAUUAAUAUCGCCAUUCCUUUGCAUUUUUGCUUUAAUGAAAUUCCUGGAAAUAUUACCUUCUCAAAUGUUUAUCUUAUCCAAUGCCUUGAGAAAGAACAUCCGGUAAAGAAAACAAGCUCUUCGAUCGCCCACGGUCCAUUUUCUUCGCUCGUCAUUGAAACACAACAGAGUUAUUGCGUAACAACAGCACGCUAGAAAAGCAAUGAUAUUUUUAGCGCGCAAGGUUAUCUUUCACCAUGUCAAAUAUUUCUUCCGCUUGAUAAUUACCAACCGACCGCCAGCUUCCUGAAAGCAAAACUGACAACAUGACGCGAAUUAAGAGACCGAUGUGUGUCUUUAGCUUACUUACCAGCGAAUUCCAUCUCGUCUUGGAAUCUUCUUGGACUUGGUCACGUAGAUGUGGCGUUUCCGUAUGACUUGAGAAAAUAAAGAUUUAAAACGAAAGAACGUGUUUGAAAUCGAUUUUUACCGCUUCUGAUAGCUUUUUAUUCGUACUGAUCUUGUCUGAUAGACUGUGUAAAGCGAAUGUUUGGAAAACUGCGAUAGCCAUGAUAAAUUAAGAAGCAGCUCAUAGAUAGUAGAGAAAAGACGGAAGGUAUGGCGUUGCAUAGCUGGAUCAGAAAGAGCUACACUUCUCCUUUUUCCUUCCACAUGCAGAGCCGGAUUUAUCUCAAAUCCGAAAUUAAGCUCCCCUUACUCAAACUGGAAACAGAAAUAGAAAUGAAGAACUGUUCGAAGCCUAUAGUGUUUGGAAAGCCGGGUUGACAGAGCAGCUUAAAGUAAGUGACUGGAAAACGCUUUUCAGGGAAAAUAGUUUUUAAUUUUGUGUAAGCGAGAAGUUCAAUUAUGUACGACUUCCUCAGAUUAUUUCAUCUAACAAACUCUGAUACCCAAAAAGACAAAUUAGCCGUACUCAUAAGCCCUUAAAAUUUUGGUAACACUUCAACUAUGAGAGCAAAAUCUAUUGCUCUGAAGAAAUGCGAGUCAGAACUGGAAGAGAAGGCAGUAAAACCCAGAAAUGAAAAAUGCGCCAGCUGCUAUGAAAGAAAACAUAAUAAACAGAACAAUUACACAGAGAUUUCCGAUAUGGUGUACUUUAGUAUAAGCUUUUGAAUUUAUAUUGUUUUCAAAGACGAUUAACGCUGCCGCGGUAGUUAAAAACAAGUAGAUAAAGUAACAAGAUGUGAUAUUUUUAGACAGCGGUUUACCACAAAUAAACUUCCUAAGUUCCAGCAGAGAAUGUAUCGAUCACGCAAAUUUAGAUAAAAAAACUUUUAUUGACCAAAGGCCGUUAUUAAGAAACCGGCUUAAAUAGCUUAAUUAAAACGUAUCCGAUUCAUUACAGCUAAGCGUGUUUCAAAGUCUUCUACUCGCACUAUACUUGGCGCAUAUCUAAAACGAGGUGCAAAAUACGUAACAGGCGAUCGGGCUUUCACGCGAUCCGUAGAAAAUGAAAAGCGCUUUUUCUACUCGAGAAAAUUUCGUUGAUAGUCGCACUUAUCGUAAUCAUUAUUUCAGAAUUUUUUUUGUAUUUUCUCACUUUUGUUUUUUGCAAACUCUAUUUGCAAGCUGGUGGCACGCAGUUGGCUUAAAAUAGUUUAUUUUGAAAAAUCGUCAUCCCCAUGUAAAAACUUGACACUUACGUACUAAAAUUUUCCAAUUGGCUAUUUUUAGUUUCCAGCGUGCAUCUAGUUUAUAAGAAUGCGAGAUCGUCCGAAAUCUUCAAGAUCAGCUCUUUUCCCCUUUUUUUCUUUCCGCUUCCACCUUCACACAAACAAAGAAAGCUACUGAAAUUUCUGAAAGAAUUACAAAUUGCCCUUCGAAAUCAGUUGAGGGUAGGAAGUCAGUAGAGAGUUUCAUGUUUGACCCCGGAGACGUAAGUUAACCUCGUUAUCAACUGCACUUUGCUGUUAUUACAGGCAUUCUCUGUUAUGUUUACAAACGAGAAAAUAUACGUCAACUUAACAACUAAAUAGGUUUGAUUAACCCCCACUGGAUGAUUCUAUCAAGGCUUUGAAUAACUUAAAUAUUUGUUUAGGAAAUUUUCGGUGAGAAUUCAGUUUGAGUUUUAUGAAAAUAAAAGACUAGUGCACUUUUUUUUUUCGAACGAAAGACUAUCAUUUCGCCAAUUGUCUUCAAGCAAAGAGAACUGAACCACCUAUUAAAUUGUGAUCACGUACAUACCUUUGACACUGUUAACUUGUCCUAAAAAGAAAUCGUCGAUUACUGAAUUAGCUUUUUUAUUUAGAUUUUCAGUCUGAAAGAAUGAUAAAGUACUGUGCCCCAGUAGUCCAUAGCAAAAUGAAAUUUGAACCGGACAGCAUUCUGCCCUGUAUUGGCAGUAACUGUUUUUUUCAUCCUUAUAUCUCGGAAGGCCUGAAAUAUUGGAAUCAUAGAGGAUGGAUGGGGUGAAAAGCUAUAACAGCAUUUCAACAACAGAGUUUCAGUGAAGCUGAACGCUCGGUUUUCAUGAACUUAUGUUUUAGCUACUCUGCAUUUGAGAAAUAUUUCUUAUCAUUAGUAAUGAAUCUGGUGUUACAUGUCUUUGGGGUUCGCUCAUUUCAUUUCUUUGUCUUUUAAAACUUUGAAAAGUAUCGUUAUUAGUAAAAUAUUUAUCUGCAACAAAAAUAGGCAACCAGUUUUGCAAGUCUGUAUGAUAUUUAGGGCAUCUCUUUCAAUGCUCAGAAUUCAUGCAACAAAGAACGGUGCAAGACUGAGUUCGCAGUAAUUCAGUGACAUAGGACGAAAGGAUGACUUAUGAAAAAACAUCGUGUUAACAGCGGGUUCAAUUUCAGCCAACUGUUCUGUAUGAAAAAAAAAAGACAAAAAAGAGUUUUAAAACUGUCAAAAUGUUGCGGUAUUACCGUUAGUAUGUAACCAACCGAAAAAAGAAAGAUAUCUCUUGCGCCAUAUACUAGAGAAUAACUCGGAUUCUUGAUUGGGACGAAGCUGAGAAAAUUGUCAUAAAUCAGUCAACUAAAACACAUAAAUAGAUCUUUCUCGAAGUUCCUCAGCAACUGGAAUUUAUCGCAAACUCCAAAGGGCAGAUAGGGAGGUUGCUAUGAUGCAAACCAGCUCAUGCUAAGGUCCAUCUUUUUUCUGCCUUAGAACGUAAUUUAAUUUGAGCGUUUAAUUAAGAGAUUAUUUCCCAGUUUGUGUAAAGAAAUGACCCUUAUGCCAUUUUUUUAUUUUUUAUACUUAUUUACAAUUGAAUUUAAUUUAUCUUUUUUAGCCAAGUCCUUACGCUCUUCAGGAUAGUUAGUGACCGCAUUAUGCCCUCAUUUUACAAAACUGUGUUUGUCAGAACACCUUUACCUCCUUAUUACGUCAAGCAACCUCUGAUGAGGAGUAGCGCAAUAGCAAGUUAGUCAGCAGGUUAGUUAGUUGGACCCUUAACAAGCCUUUAACUAACACACCGCAUAUUGAUCGAUGUUUCUCUUUAGAAGCUUGCCCAGUACGUUUCCUUUCUUCAUUUAAAAUUGCUUGGCUUGAGAACGAUUAAAAGCACGUUGUCUUCGAUUGUUCUAUUUGAUUGCGCUGAUGUGAUAAACUUAUCAUAUUUUCAUUUGUUUCCUCGCAUUACUGAGCACAUAAACACGACUGGCGAUAAGGGCGGUACAUUUCGUGACAUCGGUUCGCAGAUUUGGACGGAAUUUAUACACGGACGGAUUAAGUUAUCGUCUCUAAGUGCUUUCAAGAUCGGCCUAUUGUAUAAGUUUUUCGCGAGCUUCCCGGGGUCGCAUUCGUUCGUUGUACAAACGAUUACACCGAAGCAAAAACAGUGUCCGCCAAUGCGGUCUUUUCCUUUUUACCUUUGAUCCUGCGGGUUACAAUUAAAUCAUUCUUUUGAUCAACCGCCAAACGGGUCCCAUGUGGGUAGGAACGCGAGAAAUGGUCUUACAGGCUUAAUUGGUUUCACCGAGAAAAAACUACGUUUUUCCCUUGAAGGAAAUAAUAACGCGCAAAUUCGUCUCUAGAACAAUCUAGGUUUUGAUCACGCGCGCCCCAAGACUUACACGUGCUACUGUUUGUCGUUUAAUUCCAGCAAUUAGAAUAAACCAUAAAAGUAUGGGGGCAUUGCAACGUAAAUAUUUGAAUUAGAUGGAUAUCAUUGCAUUAAGUAUUAGAGGCUGCUCCAAUAACGUGCUUGGGUGUGUAAUUGAAGCGUCCAGAAUUAACUUUGCGGUUCACACGGUCAUGGAGUUAAAUAAUUGAGCAAUUAGGAUAAAGCUUUAAAGUUACCGCGUCCAAUAGAGAGCGAAGUUCACAACUAUAUAACCUAGUCGAGCACCACUGUGUUAUCUAUUUCUGGUCGUCACUUAUAGUGUCCCGUUGGUUUCGACGCAGGUAGUCCAUUCUUGGAGUUGUAAGCGUGUUUUAUUGCCGUGAUAAAAGAUCACACGGCGUGAAAAAAACGGUUACUUUGAGGCCGGGCGAUUUUUUUUUUCAGGUUGAACAACUAACCAGAUUGCAGCGUUUAAAAGGACAACUAGUUGAUUUUUAGCAUCGAAAAUGUUCCUUGUUUUCACAGCGAUGUUUUUCUGGGCGUUUCUGGGUGUUCCUCUUGUUGACUGCAGCAUAGACCUACAGCAAGAAUCGUUGAACGAGGGCCCUCGACAGUUCGUUCACCUGGCGAAACAGUGCCCUCAGUCGCGCGAUCUAUUUAUGAUGAAGUUACACCAUCUUACUGACAGAAACGUUACAUGCAACGAUGGUACACCAGCAGGGUAUUAUUUGAGGAAAGCUCAUGGUAGUAAAAGAUGGAUUGUGUAUUUGGCGGGCACGGGAAUCCUGUCAUCUGACCCAGUCCUAAAUCCAACCUGGUGGAAUGCAAAUCUUGUGUAUAUACCGUAUUGCUCAAGUGAUGCAUGGAUUGGCAAUGCAUCCGCCAGUGAAACAGGAGAGCGAUUCUCCUUUGUUGGAAGCAGAAUAUUGGAAAGGGUGUUUAUGGAGCUGACAUCAAAGGGUCUGGAUAAUGCCAAACGUCUUCUUGUAGCAGGAAGCAGCGCUGGUGGUAUCGGCGUGAUUCUCAACUUGGACAGGAUUGAUAAAAGGCUUGAGAUGGGUGGCCUUAAAAUCGAUGUUCGAGGCCUGGCUGAUUCCGGCUGGUACCUGGACAUUCCUCCGUGUCCUGCAGGAGGGAAACACUGCCAGGGAGCUAAACUCCAAGAAAACAACAUGAUCAGCAUCGGAAUGACUUAUUGGAGAGGCGUUGUGCCCGACGACUGCGCGAGAAGAAAUCCUCAGAAAAAAUGGAAAUGCUUCUUUGGUGAACAUGUAUAUCGUACAGACGAUAAGUCUCCGAAACAUAGUCCAUUGUUCGUUUUCCAGUGGUUGUAUGAUAGUGCACAGUUGGUGUGGUCAAUUGGUGCGAAUAUUAUGAAAUCUAGUAAACCAUCUAAGAAGGAGAUUGAUCGGGUGUUGUACAUUGGGAAUGAAGUGAGGGACUCCUUUAAUAGAACCAAAGGACUGUCGUGCGCGGUGUUUGCGCCAUCUUGCAUAUCCCAUGGCAUCCUCAAUCAAGAUGAUUGGCUGAAAGUUCUAAUGAGAGGAAAGAACCUAAACCACGUGAUUAACGAUUGGUACCAGUCCUCUGGACAGGAAACGCGAGACUGUCCGUCACUCAUCGGAACGGAGUGCAAUUAUCCACAUUGUAAUCCGACGUGUCCUUCUUUAGGCCGGAAAUUAAUGGGUCUGCGGUCCCACGGUAAAGACAUUAAAACGCCGUCUGACAAGGUGGUGGUUCCAACACCACAUAAAUGAGAGAACGCCACGGAAAAAUGGUUCCUCAAGUCACUCGUGUAAUGAAGAAGUUGUUAAUGGUAUAUUACUAUAUUUUAAUAAGCAACAGGCCGUAUUGAUAACAGCUACUAUAGAUUUGUUCGUAUUACGAAAUUAAUGAUUAAAAACAAUUUGAAAAAGCGUAACUAAUUUUGAAAAGGUCGGCUUUUUAAUCAACUAGUCAAGAUUGGUUUUGAGGCCCUGCUAUCCUCCAUUAUUUUCAUCGAAGGCCCGCCAAACGGUAGGUAGGUUAUGUAUGAGGGCACAUAAUGUAGUUUACGUAAAUGAGUUAAUAAUGGUAAUUGAACUGAGUGGAGUGCAAUUUGGGCUGAAAUCAUACGCGUGAUUUCGAAAUCGA